CCGAACCCGUUUAUCCCAAAGUGUGCCCAUGGGCUGCCCUCUGAAGGCAUUUCUCUACUACAGGCGCCAUUUUGGAAGGAGAAAGGUAAGGUUUUAUUCCCCAGCCCCUAUUCGUCUGUGUGGCUCCUCUAACAUCAACGAAGAUGAUAGUUUGGUAACCUUCACCAUGGAUAACUCGGCGCCCGACGGUUCAAAUCCUGCCAUUGUUGCGUUCAUCGUGGCUUCUAAUGCCCGGCGGGCGGCGGAGAUGACGCUCAGCGAACGGAAGGACAACAUCACCCGUGUCCUAGCUAAAGUGUUUCAGUCCGAAGUUGCCUUGAAUCCAAUCUUCUACGAUGAAAAGAACUGGACCGGAGAACCGUACAGCGGGGGAUGCUACUUCUUGUCAAUGCCACCAGGUGUCCUCACAACAUACGGCAGAAUUCUCCGGGAACCUGUCGGUAAUGUUUUCUUUGCCGGGACAGAACUGGCAACCGAAUGGGUGGGUUACAUGGAGGGCGCCAUUCAAUCCGGAACUUACGCCGCCAAUCAGGUAUUAAAAUCCAGAGGUCUGGACUCAGACUGGAAAGAUGAUGCAGACGACAAGGUUGCCAAACCUAAAGCCCAGGCAGACCGUCUACGGCCGAGUUUUUUUCAGCGAAACGCACCUGGGAUACCUGGAUUCUUUGGCCUGUUGACAUUAGCGGGGGCAGGUCUUGCACUUUACAGCAAAUUAUAA